AUGCUACUGGAGCAGAUCAGGGACGAGCUGCUGGUCUUGCAGGCGAGUUGCGUCGACGGAGAACUCGCAUGGGACGAUGACGAAGUGAGGAGGGCCUGGGAGCCAGUCCUCGACGGUUCCGCCGCGCUAGACGACCUUUCUCUUCCCCUCCCCACCCUUUCGCUGCGACUAUCCGACUCGAUUGAGCUCACGGCAGAGUACCGCACACGCCCCGCCCAUCCAGAGCUAUCACUUCAUUGCUUGCGGCUGGAGCGGGACGAACAGGCGGAACUGCGACGACAGCUGGAGGAGGUCUCGGAGCGAGUUCACGACGAAGACGACCCUCUACCCGUCUUCAACGUCUUCACCGCCCUGCAAGAAUACCUGACCGCUCACCCGCCCUCCUUUGAUUCCCAUGCCUCGCCUUCGCCUGCUCUCACACGGCCACCUUAUGCCGGGCCGCUACAGCUCAAGACGGUUUUAUUGUGGUCGCAUCACCUGCUCGCGACGAGUAAGCGGAAGGAUAUCGUCGCUUGGAGUACUGAGCUAGAACUCUGGGGCCUCUCAAAGCCGGGCUAUCCCGGCGUGAUUAUCGCCGAAGGACUUGCAUCGAACGUGGAUCACUUCGUCCAGGUCGUCAAGUCAUGGCAAUGGAAGGCGUUGCAAGUACGGUGCGAGCUGGACGGACCAGUCAUCGAGCCGCCGCCCGAUAUCGCGCCGAACGAAGCGGCAACUUGGGCUGUGCGGACGAAGAGUCACCUGGGACCGGUACUCGGCAAGGAUGCAAAGGAGAAGAUCUGCGCCAAGGAGGUCGAGGGGCUGAACGAGGUUGGCGAGAUCAUGCGGGCCGCUGGGCUGGAAGACGUCUUCUACACUGCAUUGAAACUGCAAAAGUGA